AUGAGUACAAGUGCCUCUUUUUUGUUUCAGGGUGUGACACCGAAUGUAUGGGGUAAUGGGUCUGCAUGGGGACUGUACUUUUUCAGGUAAGUGAUUACAAAAGGGAACAAAACAAUAUCUUGGAUAGAUUUCAUAUUUUAAAUACACAUUGCUGGGAAUACUGUUGAACAGCUACAUGCGCAUGCAUGACCUCAAGGUUCUUUUCUCCCCUAUUUUCUUCCAUCCCAUCUGCUUGAGUUCCUACUGCUGCUAUUUUCUUCUCUCCUAGGAAAUUAGUACAUUAAUAUUUUGUACAUUUUGUAUACAGUGUUCAGUCGAACCUCUCCACAAUGGCCACCUUGGGGACAGAAGAAAAUGGCCCUUGUUGAGAGGUCGCCGUUAUGGGGAGCUAGGAUUUGUAAUAUGACAAUUUUUUUUAGGGAGCACAACAUGUUUACAGUGUUAUGUUCAUGCUCACUGUCCCAUAAUGAUAAUGAUAAUCCAGUCAUAUAUAACAUAAAAUAUAGUGAUAGAAAUAUACACCAAAAAUUUGAAAAAAAUUUUGAACGAAAAUGACUGUUGUUAACGAGACAAAACCGCAAGGUUCGCAACAUUUGCUUAAGUACGUUUGUAUCAUAGCUAUUAAUAUGCUUACGGCAGCAGUAUAAAUGGGACAUGUUUAAAACUCGAAAUGGCAAAAUGACUUAAAGUAUUUACAAAUAAUACAUAUUUUUCUUUGAUCGAUUUUCCUCCCUACUAUUCGGUCGAAGGAGUUACCACGCGCAUUCUUGACCCGAGCUCUACACCGUUGCGUGGCCAUAAGAUUUGAAGGCUUGUUGUCACGCGUGGUGUGCGCACGCAAGCUCAUCAUACGCGAGAAAUUAACUGCAGUGUUAUCAGAGACGUCGAUGUGGCGGAGCGUAUUACAAAGAAAAGCUACUGUCAACUUUAACGUACGUGAGGAUGAAGAAGUAUAAGUCCAAAGUCAAAAAUUGCUAAUAGUUCUACAAAGAAACAGGGUAUAUAAUUUCGUGUGAGUCUAUCCUAAAUAUAAACAGGGCAUUGCCUGAUCUGAUUUGCUUAAUGAAAUAUAUUUGCAAACAAAAGCAAUAACUGUAACGUGAAAUUUGCUCUGUUGCAAUUGCCAGUUAAUGGCUUUAAAACAAGACGGCGUGCAGAAAGUGACAAAACCGAGAAGUCCCUGGGGAGAUGAGAGAUCCUUAGUACUAGAAAGAACAAGUGACUGCGAUAACUGCGAUGGCACAACAAAGUUUGUGAGGUCUUGCAUCAGCAUGCUGAGCAGAGUUUUCCCGGUUCUUGGAAGGCAAAGACACAACAACUGGACACGACAAAAUAGAGGAAGUCAUUUGUUUUUACUCUGUAGGAAAGUCAUUUCGCCAUUUCGCUAUUUCGUCAUUUCGUCAUUUCGUGUUUUAAACACGCCCGUGUAAAUGAAACACAGUCAAAAUAUGAUUGCCGCGAUUUAUCAUCAACGUGCCGUAUGGAUCAACUUUUAUCACCAUUCUUGACUUUUUCGUCAGUCGGUAAUUAUAGAAGUAUAUCAUGGACGGAACAUAAAACCAAUGAAGAAGUUUUAAAGAUGGCAAAUACAAAAGGUCAUCAUUACCAAUACUAAAGAAAAGAAAAUGCCAGUAUUUUGGACACGUAAUAAGAGCGAGGUCGAUCAGGCUAAACAUCGGGUCCGGUAUCCUCAGUUAAAGACUUAGGCAUUACACUGGACUCAAUACCUCAAUUUUAAUGAUCAUGUAUAUACGUUAACAUCGUCUCUCCUGUCCACGUUAUAUCAGAUUAGUAGGGUGAGAAACCUAUUUACUAAACCUGUCUUGUCAACUGUUUUGAAUUCUCUUAUUUUUAGUAAACCUUUUUACUGUUCCACUGUCUGGGCAGGCACCUCUAAGCAAAAUCUACAGAAGUUACAAUAUUAUCAGUGCAAAACUUCGCCGCCCGCGUAUUAACAGAUACUAAAAAGUUUGAUCACAUCUCGCCUGUUCUUCGGGAAUUAGGGUGGCCCUCCAUCAAAGAUCAGCUAUUAGUCCGUGAUACUACGCAACAAAUACAAAACAAAAUUAAACAAAAUUGUUAAUAGCCUCGCUCCGUUGUACUUGCGUAGUAAACUCAGUAAGCGAUCAGACGCACACAACUACAGUACGAGGAAAAAGAGACAAUCUAAAUCUCCCUCUUUGCAAAACAGUUACUGCGCAACGGUCAUUUUACUAUCGCGCUGUAAGUGCCUCGAACUCUCUGACCGCAGACACUAGAAACAGCCCGUCACUACGUACCUUUAAGAGGAUCGUCAAACGCGAAUUGCGGGAGCAGACCCCAUACGUUAAAUAGUUAAUAUUUGAUUUAGUUUAGAUCUCCAAAGAGAUGACGUAAUUGUACGCGCAUAGUUUAGGUUUUGAUUUNUUAACAGAUACUAAAAAGUUUGAUCACAUCUCGCCUGUUCUUCGGGAAUUAGGGUGGCCCUCCAUCAAAGAUCAGCUAUUAGUCCGUGAUACUACGCAACAAAUACAAAACAAAAUUAAACAAAAUUGUUAAUAGCCUCGCUCCGUUGUACUUGCGUAGUAAACUCAGUAAGCGAUCAGACGCACACAACUACAGUACGAGGAAAAAGAGACAAUCUAAAUCUCCCUCUUUGCAAAACAGUUACUGCGCAACGGUCAUUUUACUAUCGCGCUGUAAGUGCCUCGAACUCUCUGACCGCAGACACUAGAAACAGCCCGUCACUACGUACCUUUAAGAGGAUCGUCAAACGCGAAUUGCGGGAGCAGACCCCAUACGUUAAAUAGUUAAUAUUUGAUUUAGUUUAGAUCUCCAAAGAGAUGACGUAAUUGUACGCGCAUAGUUUAGGUUUUGAUUUAUACACAGGGUUGAGAGGAUUUAGUGACACUCAGUAUCCAUCUUAUAAGUUAAGUUGAUGUAUUUUCCUCCCUUUCAGGAACUGGAACACUAACAGUGACAAAUCCAAUAUGGGUUAUCAAGACGCGCCUCUGUCUUCAGUACACUGGUUCACCAGCUGCCGUUAUUCAAGCACCGCAAUACAAAGGGAUGAUUGGUAAGAAAGAAGGAAACUUCGCAAGGACUUAUGGGACUGUUACUAGGGACCGGGAAAAAAUUGGCCAACAGCUGACUGGCGCGUCCCCGGUAACAAUCCCAGAAACAAUUGCGGGACGCAUUUCGGUUCCAGUUCUCUGUCGUAUCUAAAGUGGUAAAUGAGCAAACCGGUCGGUUCACGGGUUGGAUGAAUGGUUUGAAAAAUUCAGGCCUAGUAAAUUUCAUUCUGGAAUCGUGUUUACUAUUUGUUUUACAAAUCAGUUCCAUUUACCGAAAAACAGCCGCGAAGGCCUGAAACUGGUAUCAAAGAUAAAUUUUAUCAAAUGACCGCUUUUUCAGAUGUUCCGUUGCUCCCGGAAAUUUUCGGUCAUGUUAAAACGCAGACCAUGCAGACUGCAGACUGCAGACCGUACAGACUGAGGAUUUUUUAAUGUAUCAUUUUUAUUUAUUCAUUUCUUAUUAAUCCUAAUUUUUCUCGCUUGAGAUAUUUUAGAGAAAAAAAAAAUAAAAGAAAAGGUAGUAUUGGUAUAUAAAGGAGAUAGUUUUUUGAAAAAGUUACUCCUACAGGUUUCGGUCUUCCUAGUGUAAAGUCAGUACCAGUGUCUGUCGAUUAGCAGGAAAGGUGAAUUGUGUUCUAUAAUAUCUACAUUCUAUUUUCUUAUUAGUACUUUUUCCAACAAUGAAAGGGUGUCACAGUGUGUAUAGUUGUACACAUACAUGUAUCACUAGCGAUAAAUGUGUAUACAAUAAACACCGAUGCUAAGUCAACCUCGUUCCCAGGUUCAGGCCUCAUCAUCGGGACAUAAUAAUUAUAAAAAUGGCGACUCCAGAGGAACAAAUGAUUGCUUUGUUUUCAGUUGGAUUCUUAAACACUGUACUCGGCACUUAUUAUCAAAGGGUCUAAGAGAAAAUGUCGGAGAUUGACCGGUAGCGUGGGGGAUACACAUAUCAUUGAACCCUGUCUCGCUUAAUUAUAUUUCUUCGGUCACGAUCAUCUAACACAACUCGUAACACAAAUACGUUUGACAGAGAUCAAACCACAUGCAAAGGUGGAAUAUUGUGGCGCUCGCGGGGAAAUACACAUGUCACUAAACCCAGAGCAGAGAUGUGUGUAACCCCUCUAUUUAUUUAUCUAUUUAUUUAUUUAUUUGUUUAUUUAUUUAUUUAUUUAUUUAUUUAUUACCUUUCGAGUCAUCUUUGCUGAAUGAAAUUACGUCAGUCAUACAUGUACUUAUUUAACACGACCAGUGAUAAGGAGAGGAACUCUAACGAAUGUUUACAACAACAUUGCGGCCCAUUAAGACGGAAACUCGCCAGAAAAAGCUGUUUGCGAUUAUUUUGUCUCGAAUCGUUUCUCUUUUGUCGAUUGAGUUGCUCACAAUCUUGAAUCAUUUGUAGUCUCCUUGAUUAUAGAACGUGUGACGAACCCCUAAGAACGUCUGCGUGGGAGAUUACUUGAUGGUGAUUCACAAAAUCCACAAAGAACAACGGAAAUAAAAUCUACACUUGUUUAGAGGGGUCGGGGGGCGGGGGGGAGAUACACAUUUUACUCACAGCCAUAUUGGAGGGGAUACCCAUAUCAUUAGUGAUGUGUACAGGGAUACACAUAUCACUGUGACACCGUGAUAUAUGAUAUCCCCGUGCACAUAUCACUAUUUCUGGCGAGUUUACUUCUUCGUGGGCCGCAACGCCAUUGAAACACAUCACGGGAAAACACAUAUAUCUUUAAAAACAAAUCCUCAGUCUGCACGGUCUGCAGUGUGCAGUCUGCACAUGACCGGGAACUUUUCCAAUAAAGGGACACGAAAAGCCGUUUUCCAUUUACUGUACUUUUUGUAGUGAUAAAAUAACGAGUUCCUCCUUCUAUUACUGAACAGUUAUUUGUCUGACACAAUGUCUGUGUGUACUUGAUUUACAAAGCCAUAGAUCAUACAUGUAUUUGUGUUUAUUAUAAAAUCGUUUCGUAAUUCUUACUUUUUAGAUGCCCUUUUUAAACUUUGGAGACACGAGGGACUCCGAGGAUUAUACAAAGUAAGUUUGCCAUGCUAUGUUGCUUGA